UUCGCCUCGGGAGCUCCCAUGGCGGCGACUACGACGACGGCGACCACCAAUCCUCUCCCCAAAUCCGGAGCCGUCUCCAAGGGCUACAACUUCGCUUCCUCUUGGGAGCAGAAUGCGCCCCUCACGGAGCAGCAGAAGGCCGCGAUCUUGGCGCUUUCCAAUGCUGUCGCAGAGAGACCCUUCCCUCCUCAUCUGUCUCAGGAGCAGAUUCCGGGUGGUAGUGGCGCAUCAGCUUCGCCCCAAGAUUCUACUUUGGAGGAUUCAGGAGCUAUAGAUGCUGUUUUGGUUAACACUCACCAGUUCUACAAAUGGUUUUCAGAUCUUGAAUCGGCUAUGAAGUCUGAGACAGAAGAAAAAUAUCGUCUAUAUGUGAAUACAUUGGUGGAACGUGUUCAGAUAUGUGAUGAAAUUCUUCAGCAGGUGGAUGAGACCCUCAAUUUAUUCAAUGAACUUCAGUCACUGCACCAGACUGUUGCCACAAAGACAAAAACUUUGCACGAUGCAUGUGAUCGAUUAUUGAUAGAAAAACAAAGAUUGAUUGAGUUUGCAGAUGCGCUCCGCAGUAAGCUCAACUACUUUGAUGAACUGGAGAAUGUUUCUACCAAUUUCUAUUCUUCAAACAUGAGUAUCAGCAGUGUGGAGUUUCUUCCUUUAUUGAAGCGUCUUGAUGACUGCAUCUCGUAUGUUGAGAGUAAUCCACAGUAUGCAGAAUCCGGUGUCUACUUGGUGAAGUUUAGACAGCUUCAGUCUCGAGCGUUAGGUAUGAUCCGCUCUCAUGUGCUUUCUGUUCUUAAAAGUGCUUCUUCCCAGGUUCAAACUGCUAUUCGAGGGAGUAGUUCAAGCAAAGCAACUGUUUCAGAGGGUGUGGAGGCAUCAAUUAUUUAUGUUCGCUUCAAAGCAGCAGCAAGUGAGCUGAAGCCAGUACUGGCAGAAAUUGAGAGCAGAACUUCUAGGAAAGAGUAUGCUCAGAUUCUUAAAGAAUGCCACAAACUGUACUGUGAGCAGAGGCUGUCCUUGGUGAAAGGUAUCGUGCAACAGAGAAUCUCAGAGUUCUCAAAGAAAGAGCCCUUGCCAUCAUUGACUAGGUCUGGAUGUGCAUACCUAAUGCAGGUUUGUCAGCUUGAGCACCAACUUUUUGAACACUUCUUUGCAUCAUCUUCAGCUGAUGUCUCAAGUUUGUCUCCUUUAAUAAAUCCUUUGUCCACGUACUUGUAUGAUACACUGCGCCCUAAACUGAUACAUGAAGCAAAUGUUGAUUCUCUAUGUGAACUUGUCGAUAUCCUGAAAGUUGAAGUUCUUGGAGAGCAGCUUAGUAGACGUGGUGAGUCACUUGCUGGAUUACGUCCUACACUGCAACGAAUUCUAGCAGAUAUUCAUGAGAGACUGACGUUUUGUGCUCGGACACAUAUUCGUGAAGAGAUAGCGAAUUACCGUCCUUCUGAUGAGGAUCUAGAUUAUCCUGCAAAACUCGAGAGAUAUGUUGAUAUGACUUCAAGCACCAGUGUUGAUGAUACCUCUGACAUUUUUAAAACUUGCUAUCCACCGCUGGAAAAAACAGUAUCAUGCAUCUCAAAGUUAUAUCAUUGCUUGGAACCUGCCGUUUUUACCGGUCUAGCUCAGGAAGCUGUAGAAUUUUGCUCAAUAUCUAUUCAGAAUGCGAGCAAAUCUAUAUCAAAGAGAUCAUCCCCAAUGGACGGGCAACUUUUUCUUGUCAAGCACCUUCUUAUAUUGAGGGAACAGAUCGCACCAUUCGAUAUCGAGUUUUCAGUAACUCACAAGGAGCUGGAUUUUUCUCAUCUACUGGAGCAUCUCAGGAGGAUUCUCAGAGGUCAGUCCUCACUAUUUGAUUGGUCAAUGUCAGCUUCGUUAGCCAGAACUUUAUCUCCUCGGGUUCUCGAAAGUCAAAUAGAUGCGAAGAAGGAACUUGAGAAAAGCCUUAAAACUACUUGUGAAGAGUUUAUAAUGGCUACCACGAAGUUGGUUGUAGAUCCUAUGCUUUCAUUUGUUGCAAAGGUAACUGCUGUGAAAGUUGCACUAUCGUCAGGAAAUCAAGGGCAGAAGUUGGAUUCUGUUCUAGCAAAACCCCUUAAGAGCCAAGCAUUUGCUGCUCCUGAUAAAGUGGCUGAACUAGUUCAAAGGGUAGCAACAGCUCUCCAGCAAGACCUGCCCAGAGUAAUGAUGAAAAUGAAGCUAUAUUUGCAAAACCUAUCGACUAGGAUGAUUUUGUUUAAACCCAUCAAGACAAACAUACUUGAAGCCCACUUACAGCUGCAGACACUGCUAAAAUCUGAAUAUUCCACUGAAGAAAUAGAAAGCAUUGGCAUGGUCACAAUACAAGAUCUGGAAUCUCAACUCGAUGGCCUCAUUUAGACCCAACAAUGUUUUGGUCUGUCCCAUGUCUUCUUAGAUCAUGUAAGCACUUGCUUUGGGCCUUUUUUUUUUGUUGUUGCAUGUCUUCUGGAAAUUGAAUGCAUCAUGAAAUAUGUUUGAUACUAUUGAUUAACCCAGAAAAGCAGAUGCUGCUACUUACGCAUGCAUCAUUCUUGGUAGACAACAGAGGCUACGAGUUUGAAACUUGUCAGUCUUCAGUCUAGAGAGAGCAUCCAUCUUCAACACUAUACUCGUGGUUGACUGUUAUUUGGCCAAUAGGACAGAGACGUUCAAAUUGUUGUUAAUGUUAUUCAAAAGCCGUCUUUCUUUA